AUGCCCCCGCGCUUCAGGCAGAGGCUCAUCCGUCAGGGUGCUGAUUUGGACGAUGCCGACGAGUUCGACUCGGCCCUUGGACUGGACCUGCACCUCAUUCUGCAACCUUUUGCCAGCGCUUGGCGGGCGGACGAGCUCGUGGCCGCAGUCCAAAGAAACUCAGCGGGUCAGGCCGGUGUAGGGUUGAGGGCUGAGGGUUUAGGGUGUAGGGUUUAG